AUGGAGAACUUCCCCAUCGUCACCGCCACAACCACCAUCACCGAAACAGUCACACCCAUCAAGAACGACAACAUAAUGGCCGGCAAAGCCCAUAUCCGCUUAAACAUCGGAUCCAACGAAAUCGCCAUUCCAACCUCAUUCAGCGCGUACAAUCUCACCUCCAUCGGCUUCCAGUCCGUCCACCACGAGUAUCCCUUCAAGACGACAACCACCACCAAGAUAGUCAUGCCUUCCGCCAACGACAAGGCCAUGGCCUCCAAGACUCGUGUCCGCUUUACUAUUGAAUCGAAGGAGCGCCCAGCUUCCGCUGCACACAGCGCUUACGACCUUGCUUCCAUUGCGGUUUGCUCUGUUCGCCAUGAGUAUCCGAGCAUCACCCACAGCACCGCCACCACCGAGAUCACGACUACACCCGCCAAGGACACGGCUCAUGUCCGCUUCGUCAUCGAGGCGAAGGGGGUUCCCGACCAGGCUGCACAUGCACACGCACACGCACACAGUGCUUACGACCUUACCUCGCCUGGGUUCCAAUCCGUCCGCAACGAGUAUCCCGCCAUCGCACCUGCCGAGAACGACGACAACGAGGUCAUGACUAAAAAGGCCCAUGUCCGUUUCACUAUCAAUACAAAGGAGUUCCCCUCGCCGGCCGCACGCAGCGCCUACGACACCACCUCGCGCUACUCACAGUCUGUCCGCCGCGAGUAUCCAGCUACUCGCCUCGUCCGCUUCGAGUCUGAGGGCCUCGAGUAUAACGUCACCGUUGGAGUUGAGGAGAAGAAAUGGUAUACCCCAUGCUAUGCAAAGUCUUCUUGGUUAGCACCUUCAUCGUGA